CAAAACAGCAUUGCUAUUGCUUGCCUGCUACAUGUUGCAGGAUGUGUGUUUACUUAGAGUUUGUUGUCUACAAGAACUUCAGUCCUCGAUAAUUGUGAUUUUUCUACUUUUUGACUGCAUAACAUGUUUGAAAUUACUGAACAGUAAUUACCAAACGUGAUAACCUAUAUCAAUUGUUUAAUUCUUUGGCUGUGCCAAUAUGUUAAGCGAACCGGUUUUAUUUUAACAGCAACUAUCAUACAAUUCAGGUAGCCUUCUCUGUUUGUCCAAUGGGGGACUCUGACCAACCAAGACCAACAGAUUUUGGGGCAGUUCCAGUCCUUGCUGUCGACAAAUGAUUAAACUCAGUCUGUGACAAUACGACAGAUUGUCCUUUUUAUAAUGAAAAAGACAUCUUCCAGCCAGGCUCGCACCAAGGUUCUGCCAAACAAAAGGAACAAACAGAGUUUGAUUCCUGUGCGUUCACACCAUCAAGACCAUCCGAAAGUGUGCAUGCCUGGCAACAAUGGAGCCUCUUUUUUUAAGAAUUCUGGACCUUCCAUUGACCGUGUUUCUCCUCCUACCUUACCUGAAACGGGAAAACGAUCGUCAAGUGUUCUGAAACCUGCCAUUUCCUCUCAGUCUGGAAUCCCAAAAAAUUCAGUGUUAACACAGUACAUUGAUCGUUUUCGCUAUGGACAGCCGCUGAGUCGAGAGGAGCGCCAGCAGAUUUCCUCUGGAUCAGAAGAGGAGAGGAUGCCUUUGUGGUGGAUGUCUUCCUCAUCUUUACCUCCAUGUUCAACACCAACAAAAUCUUCACACAAAGAUGACCACAGCCAAGCAAUCUCCACUCCAGCAAGACGCCAACUUGAUAAUGACUUUAAUUCUUCACCAUGCAGGGGAGAAUAUAACAAGAAUGCAAAUGUAAAUUCACAGAUUCUUUCAGACACAUCUCAAUGUGAGUUUGAGGACACAGAGAUAUUUCACCUUCAAGAAAGGGCCAGCAGGCUGCUGCAAGACCAUAUUCCCAGCAAUGGAUUGAUUGCUGUCCGUUCAGGUGGACUGGGAAGCUCAAAUUGGUCUUCUCCAGUCAAUAUAAAUGAGAGAUCGCAAGGAUGUUUGACUAAUGAGUCAAUAAAAUCUAAAGCUGGAAUGACCAAGUUGGACUCUGCUCCAGCUGUGCCACUGCAAAGACACACUUCGUUUAUCACUCCUCCUCCACACCCGGAACAGGAUAUCCUCACCCAGUGGCGUUUAAGAAGAAAGAUGGAGCAAGUUAAUGAAUGGUGUAAAGCCCAGGAAAACUCCAGACUUUUUACUCCUACAUUCAGCAGUCUGGGCCCCAGUCUACACACUUCACCAGUACAUGGACAGCCUUACAAGCAACAGCCCAGUAUUCUAUACCCUGAACCUUCAGAAGGAGCUUUUGCUGAGCCCAAAGUAGUACAUGGACUUCAAACCUCAACUUCUGUCCCCCAGACCAUUGCUGUUUCUGAAACAUUGGUUUCCCAGCCACAUUCUCUCGCUCAUGUUCCUGCCCACAUGCAUCUCCUUUGUGAUAUCCUUCCUUGUCCCACACAGUCAUCACGUGCUGGCAUGUCCCAAAGAAAUCCACACAAUGUGGAAGACUUUACUAAAGAAAACAACAUCUCCGGAAACCUCAAGGACAGCUGCAUCAAUGACCCUCAUAGAUACAUUCCAUCGUCGCCCACAGCGACUUCUCAACACACAGAUUUAGUUUGUCCUAGUACACCUUUAAAUGGAGGUCAUCCUUCUCGAUUUAGAGAAGUUGGCAGUCCAUCAAUGCCUUUAGAAAGAAGCAUUCCUUCUCGACUUAAAGCAGGUGGCAGUCCAUCAAAAACUUUAGAAGGAAGCAGUCCUUCCAGACUUACAAAAAUCGACCAUUCAUCAAAUUGUCAGGAAGAACCCAAUCUUUCUAGGCAUACAGAAGAACAAAGUCAGUUUACACAUGUCGUAGGGGCUUAUCACAAGAAUCCAAGAAUAACAAAUGAGAUGGCUAUAAAAGAAACAACCCAAACAAAUCAUCUAGUAGGAAGUAAGAUGGAAAGGAUUAUCAGAAAACAGAAGAAAUUGACAAGGUGUACCUUUGAUGGGCCUAAGAUCACAAACUCUGCAGCUGAGAAGCUUCCCAAAAAGACCAAGAAAAGGCAAGAGAAGUGUCAGCCGGAAAGACACAAAGAUACAGGCGAUCAUGCACCACUAUCAUCUCCAGUCCAAUGUGCCUUAGGACAGGUUGUUUCAGAGGUCCUGUUCCCACCAAAGGAUUGUUCUCCACAAGAUGCAGCUGUCCCAUCACUCCAUACUCCUCCACAACUUUUACCUCCUUCUUGCACUGACCACACCUCACUGGAGGUCAUGUCCCAGCUGCUGCGAAAGGCUGAAGAUUCAGAUGAGAAAGAAUUUGAAGAUGACCCUUUACUAAAGGUUCUUCGGACGCAAAGAAAAAGGGUUAAAGAGCAAAUCAGUGAAGUGGACUUCAUGUUGCAUAAUAUGCUGGAUAAAUAAGAAGAUACUCCAACCUCGUACAGUAACUCAAGACAUUAAAUUUUUUUUUUUUUUUUUAAAUUUAUGUAUUUUAUUGACAUUUAUGGAGGAAAUAAAAUACAACAAAAAUUCUAUAACCAGAACAUGACUGCUUAAAAUGAAAACAGCUUUUAAACUGUAAUGCUAAUAUUUACAAAUUGUUGAUUCUUAAAAUACUAUGGAGGUUGACAUGAAAUAGCAUAUAUUUACAAAUCUCAAACACCAUGAUGCCAUAUUAGAACAUAACAAACGGAUUCUAUGAGAACGGCUGUGAUUGGGACAUUUCUCUUUGUAGUAUGGGUGCAGUUAUGAUGAGCACACCAUCCGGAGAAACUGCUGAUUCUAAAGCCAUGGUGUCCACACCCUUUGGAAUUCGAUAGCGACGGUUAAACUGCCGUGUUGUCAUUCCAGGACUAUCUUUCUAAAAUAAGGAAUAAUAGAUUUAGUGACACAUUCCAUUGUUCAUUGCUCAACAUGCUAGAAUACAUCAUACACAAUACCAACCUUUCUUUCUUCGUGCUUUCCUUGUACCUCUACAAAAUCUCCGAUUACUUUGACCAACAGAUCCUUUGGGUUAAAUAGUUUGACAUCGACUUGAACUGUAAAUCCACUAUCGUCACAAGUUGCCUGUCAACAUAUGGUAAAUUGUAUUACUUGAUCAUUCCUAUCAGGAUAGCAUAAGUAAGAUCGCAAUAUUAAAGUACAUAGAAAACAUAAGUAAGAUCACGUUAUUAAAUUAAAUAAAACAAAGUAUUCUUCAUGAAAAGAAUACAUUAACAUUCGUGUUCGCAUCAUUUAGCGCAAAAACAUUGAAAUAUUUCUUGUUCAUAAACUUUAAUACUUGUGACAAGUUUACUGUCCACAUUAAAGGUUUCAGGCUGCAUUUACUUUAGUGAUCAUCUUUAAAGCCUGCACAGAAUUAGAUGGAUCAUUUAUCUUGUCCAACCAUGUUAAACCCAAUUAAGUAAAUAAACAGAUUCACCUCUGCAGCGCUGGUACUAUCAAUCUCUGGAAUUAACAGUUGGGGUGUCCAGUUAUAUUGUCCGUAAGUCCCAUUGAGACGGGGGAAAAGUGGCGGUAAAACCUUCUCCCAUUGGAUGCCAUCAACGGGUAUCGUGGGUGGUAAGAUGAAAUCCAUGUCAAAUCUGAGAAAAAAAGUAAAUGGAAAACAACUCAAAGGGCAGUCUUGGCAGCAGAAGUCAUCUGGUGGCCUCAACCUACCUUCCUCUAGAGUGUGUUGGGGUAUCAAGUGUUCCUUGUGGCUGCGACUAUCUUUGUGAUUGGGGGCUGUUGAGCAUAGCGGGGUUAUAUACUGGAGUUGCAUAAUGAGUUGGGAAUUCAUUGGGACACCUUGCUUCUGUUAUGUUCUGUGCAUGUGUACCCUUGGGAUUCUGUUCUUGCAGCAGGACACUGUUUUGGGACUGAGGCAGCUGUCACAGGGUUAUUAGGGAAUGAAUGGGCUCAUUGUGUAUCUAGAUUGUAUCCAACUGUUUGUUCAGGAGGGGUUAAUUGCACUGUUGUCAUGAAAUAACUGCUAUGGUUAAGUCAUCAGACCAAACAUGCACAAAAUGUCAGUUUAUAAAAUGGGCAUAUCUAAAAAUAAAUUCAAAAGAUGUGGUGGUGAUUGACUGUCUGACUAAUAAGCAAAAGAGAGAGAGACAGUGACAGACGGCAUGUGUGCUUCAAACACAUGCCACUGCACAUGGGCUUCCAGUAAGUUUCCUGCUUUGUCCUCAAUCAAGCCCAUGUACCAAGUCAAAACAUUCUUCAGUAAUCAGCAAAAUCCCACUUUGUUUUCGUAACAUAAAAUUGGCUUAGGAAGUGUAAAUGUACUUAAUGUGGUUAACAUUUUGUAUCAGCCAUCAUUUGUAACGGAUGUUCGAUGUUGAUGGAUAGUGGACACAUGCACAAUUUAUGUUUAUAUUUUUUCAAAUGUACUCGUUUUGAAAAUUACCAAUCGUGCAUGCUUGAGUCACAAUGUCAGGUGUAAUGUCUCCAGUCAUAUACUGUAUUGGAAUCCCACCCACAUUUUCUGGAUUUUUUGUGUCUCAUAAAAAAUAUCAGGAGGUUAAUUAUUUAGGCUGCUCAGCACAUUUUAAGUUUACUAUAUGGAAUGUACACCACUUUGUACAGUAGGCUAUAUGUGAUGCACCUUCUCUCCUCCUAUCACUGCACUUUAUCUUAUGUUAACAAAUAGGCUACCAGCCUACCACUGACAGUGACAGAUGUCAAAUCCAUUUUAACAGGGAGGAGCGAACGAUUGUUGCCAGAACUCCUGGUUCAAAUAGAUUUGCUGUACUGUAUAUCUCCCUCAAUGGCAGUGAAUGAGUUUAGCCUUUUAAAAUAUACUGUAUACUUUUUUUUUUUUAAAUAUAAUUUCAUUCUUGUGCCAUCUGACUGACAAGAUGAGGACAGAAGCAAGUGAUGAGUAAGAGAAUCACUCAUUCACUGCAGCCCAUGUAUGAAUAGUAUUCACAGAGUAUGUGAUGUGAUAGUUAAAAAAAAAUAAAAAUAAAACGCAUUAACAGCCAAAGACAUUCAAUUGAUUUCGACUGGUCAACAUUGAAUGUCUACUGCUGUCAAUGGCUGCCAAAGAGUUAACAUUUCUGGACAGUAAAAGAUGUCAAAUGUCAAUGUAAUUAAAGGUUUUAAGCUUUAUUAUCCUUUGUUCGGUUCAGUAAUUGGUCCUAUCGGGAUGUAUUUUGUUUUGAAACAUGUACAUAUUUGAGUAAUGAAUGGAGUAAGUGUGCACUUAAUCCUCUCUAAUCACCAUAUAUCCAAAAUAGCAUCUAUCUUUUCAGUACCAUGUAGUCACUGUCCUUGAAAAGUAC